AUGUUAAAUGGAGUCUGGCAGACAAGGUCAAAAUCAGAUGUGUCUGGGUCAGAGGCUUUUAAAAACAACAUCACACUUUUUACAAGGAUCCUGGACCGACUGCUGGAUGGCUAUGAUAACAGGCUGAGACCGGGUCUUGGAGAUCGAGUGACAGAGGUAAAGACUGAUAUAUACGUGACCAGUUUUGGGCCAGUGUCGGAUGCAGACAUGGAGUACACAGUGGAUGUGUUCUUCCGCCAGCGCUGGACAGAUGAGCGGCUGAAGUUCCACGGGCCAAUGAACAUCCUACGGCUCAAUAAUCUGAUGGCCAGUAAGAUCUGGACCCCUGACACUUUCUUCCACAAUGGCAAGAAGUCUGUGGCUCAUAACAUGACUAUGCCAAACAAAUUACUGCGGAUCAUGGAAAAUGGGACACUACUUUACACCAUGAGGCUGACUGUGCAGGCAGAAUGUCCAAUGCAUUUGGAGGACUUCCCCAUGGACUCUCAUUCAUGUCCACUGAAGUUUGGCAGCUAUGCAUAUACUCUGACAGAGGUGACCUAUGUUUGGACACGAAAUGCCACGCUUUCAGUAGAGGUGGCUCCAGACGGAUCAAGGUUGAACCAGUAUGACUUGAGGGGCCAAACUGUUGGCAAAGAAACGAUUAAAUCCAGUACUGGGGAAUAUACAGUGAUGACAGUUCAUUUCCAUCUGAAGAGGAAGAUUGGGUAUUUUGUUAUCCAAACUUACUUGCCCUGCAUCAUGACUGUCAUUCUGUCCCAGGUCUCCUUCUGGCUUAACCGUGAAUCAGUACCUGCUCGAACAGUUUUUGGUGUGACUACAGUGCUCACAAUGACCACUCUGAGUAUCAGUGCUCGUAACUCAUUGCCUAAAGUAGCCUAUGCCACUGCGAUGGACUGGUUCAUUGCUGUGUGCUAUGCCUUUGUCUUCUCUGCCCUCAUUGAGUUUGCAACAGUCAACUAUUUCACCAAACGCGGCUGGGCCUGGGAUGGCAAGAGCAUUCUUAAUGACAAGAAAAAAGAGGGCUCUGUUAUGAAGAAGAACAAUGCUUAUGCAGUCGCUGUGGCAAACUAUGCUCCCCACAUCGGUAAGGAUUCAACUUUGCCCACCGUUUCCAAGAGCGCUCCAGCAGAGCCCACUAAAGCUCAGCCCGUGGCUAAAGAGAGCAAGAAGACCUUCAACAGCGUAAGCAAGAUCGACCGCAUGUCCCGCAUCAUCUUCCCUGUGCUUUUUGGCAGCUUCAACCUCGUCUACUGGGCUACAUAUCUCAACAGAGAACCUGUCAUUAAGAACAUGGUUCCCUCUCACUGACCAUUCUAUUAAAUAUGAAUAUACACACACGCACACAUGCACAAAGACACACAUAUUAAAACAUUGCUUAGCUUUUGUACCUGUUUAGUAUAGUGUAACGCUUGCCAUUUUUGUCUUACUAUUGAAAGUUUAUACCAUGUACCAUGUCCAUCGUUUUAGAUUUUCACUGCCAGACCAAUAUUCAGAAUGAUAACAUGCCUUUUUAUUCGGUUAAGACUGUUGAUUAAAAUUACAUUUAUUUUAUUUUAUUUUAUUUUAUUAGACAAAUAUAAAGCAUUUUUCGUACAAGAUUCAGUAUUUAUUUAAUUUUUUAUUUUACCUGUUUCCUUCCAAAGUAAUAGAAUCUAUAUAUAAUAAGAAGAGUAUAUCACCUCUUACACCCUUGUGGCAAUUUGAGUAGAGUAAGUCAAAUAUAUGGAUUUCUCCCUUGACCAGCCCCCCCGCCCCACACACACACAUUUUAUUUAUUUAUCAUUCCCUUACUUGAAUGUAGUGUUAAAAAGAAAGUAACUCAGCACUCUGUCUGGGUCUGUAUCACUUAGAUGCAUUUAAUGCAAGCAAUGUAUUGCAAAUGUUUUUCGAAUGAAUUUCUUACACUUUCUUUAUACAUUUUAAGAUUGAUACAAUUAUCAUACAUAAAUAUGGCCAGAUGGCUGACUAUAUUUAUAUAAGAUAAUUUUGUCGAUCUUAAAAUGUCUCAUUUGUAAUUUUUGUUUAGAAAAAAAGUCUAAUUUUUUUCCAAUGUUAAAAUAAAUUAUGUUAGACAGAGCAAUCUAUUAUAUCUAUCUAUUGUAACAAUUUAGCAUGAGUGCACACUAGCACAUUUCUGGCUCCCCAUGUAGCAUUUUCAAACAAAAUGUGGAACUUUAUAUAUUUUUAAAUCAGUUUAUGAAACUGAAACACACUACUGACUUUGUUCUCUUGGACAAGACAAAACAUUUUAGCUGGAGUGUU